AUGGCACUCCCGACGGUCGCGGCCUCAAUGGUGCAGCUGGACGACCUCCUCGCCGCGGCCGGCGCCAACGACAGCAUCAAGAACUACAUCACGGCGCGGAAGAUCACCACGACGCCCACAUUGGCCCUGAUCGCCAAGGACGUCGAGAGGUUCACGACGCACAUCAUCCACCCGUACAUCACCGGCAUCCGCAUCGACGGCACCGAUCACAAGGUGGAGGACGGGCAGGACGAUGUGGCCACGGCGGUCAUGACCCACUUGUUCGUCGAGGCCACACGCCAAUGGACGGCCGCUUCGUCGUCGCCGGUUCCAGCCCCGGCGGCCUUACCCGCGCCGGCGGCGACGCCGCCAUCGACGGCCACGCCGGCUAUUCCUGACAGGCCUCCCAAGACCUUCUCGGCGUGGAACCAGCAGGUCAACAUCUACGAGGAGCGGUCGACGUCCGCCGCCAGCUCCAAGGCGCUGCGGCUUGAACACGGCCUCCUGCUCCAGGAGGAGCCGACGGAGUGGGUACCCAAGGGCCUCUUCUCCACUAUCGACGGAGCCAACGCCGCCCGGAGACCGACGUCAUGA